AUGGAUCUAAGUGACCAAAAAGUGAAAAUCUACAUCAGUGAAUUGCGAACAACGAAGGGAUGCAACCCACCUCCAAUGGAUAUGGCAGGGACAUCUGCGAACAUUAGCGGGUGUUCUUACCUUCAGCAUAGUCCACAAUCAUUAGCAUACCCUAGCCCUAUACCUUCCUAUAAUGCUAGCCAUAUGCCUUCCUUCCCUAGUCCUUCACGUUAUGAUUCAAACCCGUCAAAUUAUUUGCUUCCUUUCCUUGGCAAUUUGGCUUCCAUUGCUACUAAUCUUCCACCAAUUCGGAUAUCAAACAGUGCACUUAUAACUCCCCCUUUAUCUUCCCUGACUUCUAGGGGGUCGAAGCGUAAAGUUGAGUGGGAAUCCCUGCCGAAUUCAAAUUGCUUUGGCUCUCAACAAUCUGCUGCUCGUAACCAGGAUUUUGCUGUCUACCUACGCUCUAAAGACUUGUGGAGCUACAGUCAUCCGAAGGACUGUAGCUGGUAUUAA